AUGAAGCUCUCCGCCAGCCUGUACUCAGUCGCGGCCCUGAUGCUGGCCGGUGUCAGCCUCGCUCUUCCGGAUGACAUCGGCGAGACUCCUUACCCUAACUAUCCCUCCGGUAGCGACAGUUGGACCGUCGACGGUGGAGAGCCCGGUACGGUCCCCACCGCCAUUCUCGCGACCGCCAUGGGCUCGGCGGGCAUGUUUCAGAUCUUCACGUCGGACGCCGAUGGUGACCUCCUCUGCUUCUCAACCGAGGGCGCCGCCACUUCGAGCCGCUGGCAGAUGUUCGACAACAAUGUUGCCAUCACUCUGGGCCAUCCUGACGUGGACUGCAGCCGCGCCAAGGACGAUCCGAGGAGGCAAGCGGCCGUCAAGGCGAUCAGCAGCAAGGACUUCAAGUCUGGCCGCUAUAGCUUCCAGGUCGGCAAGCAGAGGGUGUGGUUGCAGAACAACCCUUUGGCUCUGUCCAACACUCGGCCGCGCGCAUGA